AUGGCUCCUAAAAUUCGAGAACCAGACCAGAGGACUCCGUUAUUGCAGGACUGCAACAACAAUGCUGACAACAGAAGCCAGCACAACUACAAUAAGGAAAACGAUAAAGUUGACAACGAAAGCCACCAAAACAACAAGAAAUGUAACGGCGCUGUAAUAGCGAUUGAGGGUGUCCAAGUUCCUACAUCUUGCUGGACCGAUUCGUGCAUAGACCACGAUCCCAUCACCAACCGGAAGCUCGAAAAUCCUACAACCAACUUUGACACACUGAUGCACGUGCUGAACGGGAAUCUCGGUACGGGCAUCCUCGCCAUGCCGGACGCAUUCAAGAACGCGGGCCUCUACGUUGGCUUCUUCGGCACAUUGGUUAUGGGUGUGAUCUGUACCCACUGUAUGCACCUGCUAGUACGCUGUUCGCACGAACUGUGUCGUCGGUACGGUCGGUCCUCACUCUCCUACGCUGACGUAGGAUUUUGCGCGCUCGAUUCAGGCCCCAUCUGGAUGCAGCCAUUGGCUGGCGGAUUUCGACGCCUCAUCAACACGUUCUUAGUUGUGAUGCAGCUUGGACUGUGCUGUGUGUAUUUCCUGUUCGUAGCAGUUAAUGUGCGCGAAUUGCUUGCUUAUGCCAACAUCCACACGACAGUAUUAACAGUGCUGGUAUGGUUACUAGCCCCUCUCACCCUGUUGAACCUUGUACGCAGCUUGAAGCUUCUGACGCCGAUGUCCCUGGUUGCGUCGAUAUUUGCAGUCGCCGGGCUGGCAAUUGCCUUUCUUUUUCUACUCCAAGAUCUGCCCCACAGUGCAUCCGUGCCCCCCAUUUCCAGCUGGUCGACACUACCGCUUUACUUCGGCACCGUAAUGUACGCAUUCGAAGGUAUCGGUGUCGUACUACCGUUGGAAAACAACCUAGCCCGGCCACGCGACUUCAUUGCCUGGAACGGCGUCCUCAACACCGGCAUGACACUCGUCGUGUGCCUCUACUCGGCAGUUGGUUUUUUUGGAUAUUUAAAAUACGGUGAGCAGGCCCAGGGCAGCGUCACGCUCAAUUUACCCAGCGAUCAUCUGUUAGCACAGCUCGUAAGACUGUUGAUGGCUGUCGCUGUUCUCGCUUCCUAUGCACUCCAGUUCUACGUUCCUAUGACAAUUUUGGCUCCUGUUGUCGCGGGCCACACCGCCCAUCCACGUUGUGCCGAAACUGUGCUAAGACUAGUGACCGUUCUACUGACAUUCGUUCUGGCUGCUAUCAUCCCAAACCUCGGUACUUUCAUCUCACUAGUCGGAGCCGUUUCAACUUCGACCCUAGCCCUGAUUUUUCCACCGCUGAUUGAAUUGCUCACAUCGUGGCCCAACGCUGACCGACCUGGACACCGGUGGAUUGUAUUGAAGAAUUCCCUGAUAAUCGUAUUCGGCGCGACAGGCUUUUUCUUCGGCACCGUCAAGAGCCUGACGAUGAUACUCGAGGGCACCCCCGGUGAGCUAGGUAGUCUAUAAGCCCCAAGGCCAAAUUUAGAAAUAUAUAGUUGGAUAGUAUUGCUGUGACGCGAACGUGCGCGAAAGCGCUUUAGCUCUAGUAGGCAUUGAUCGUAGUGUUGAUGAAUCUCAUUGGCAAUAAAACGAUAUUUUCCACAAAUAUUAGCAACGAGCAGUAGAAGAUUACAAAAAUUGUCUCAGAUCAAAGCUUAUU